AUGGAGAAAGAGCUCUUGGAAUUCUGCUUCACCAGGAUAGAGCUGUGGACUUUCCAUCCCUGUGCUGGGUAUCUUUACACUCAUACCAUCAUCUUGACCCAUACAUCAUCAUAUCGAUUUGACCAUAUUGCUGUCGGGGUGUGGAGCAUUGCCGAUGCCGUACCCUUCCUCGAGGAUGAACUGGGGGGCAAACCUUUGGGCGGUGCGCCCAACCCGGUGUUUGCCAGCGCGCAGUGGGAGUUUGCAAACGGAGGCGUGCUCGAGGCACUUGACCCACCGCCGUUCCUCGAUGAGGCGAGCUUGAACAAGAACUUCAUGCAUCAGUUCCUCACCUCCGGCGGGCCGCGAGUGCAUCACGUCACCUUCAAGGUGCCGAAUUUGGACGAGGCUAUCGCGAGCGCGGAGGAAAAGGGGUGGAAGGUGGUGGGCGUCAACAAGCAGUCACCCUCGUGGAAAGAGGCCUUCAUUCACCCCAAGCAGGAGGGAGUGGGUAUUGUGGUCCAGCUGGCCGAGCAUCGUCCGGAGCUGCGACCGCCGUGGCUGGUCGAAUUGGUCGAGGACCCGAGCUUCAUGAACUCGAUGGGCUCACACUACAAGCGACCCAGCUUCGAAAGCGACCACCCCUCGGUGUCCGUGGUCGGCCUCCACCUCUCCGUAAGGAACCGGGAUGCCGCCAUGCGGCUCUGGCGAGACACCAUCAAAGGAACCCCCGAGCAGAUCAGCUCCAAUGUUGUAGCCUUCUCGUGGCAGGAGUCCCCGAUGAAGAUAUUUAUUCACUUCAACGACGCGUCGGACGAGGGCGUGAUGCACGUGGAGCUGCAGCAGGCUCGCCCCUGGAAGCAGAACCCGAGCACACUCAUGCUCACCCAGCGGAGCUCAUCACCGCUCCCGCAUCCCGUCAUCGGCGCCCCCUUCCUGCUCACCGCCCCAUCCACCUCUCGCCUUUGA